AUGGCGGCGGCUGCAGACUCGUUAAACGUCUUUCAAAACGCACGUUUUGAUGAGACCAUAAUCAAGUCCGAUAUUCACACCUAUCUCCCAUACGGAGGAUCUUCGAAUUUUGGGCUUUCCAGUGAAAUCCGUAUAUUAAUUCAAAAUCAAGAACUGAUAACCGCCACGUACGAUAGCUUCUUGUACAUAGAAGGAAAAAUUGAAUGGAGUCAGUCACAAGAAGAGGGUGCCAUUGCAAAAACAUGCAACCUAACAAAUAAUUUCGCUCCAUUCCUUUUCGAGGAAAUUCGCUACGAGUUGGGAGGACAAAAAGUAGAUGUGUGUAGGAAUCCUGGAAUUACAUCCUCUCUGAAAGGAUACAUAUCGUAUACGUCUACUGAAAGCAAAGGAAUGCAGCAUUUGGGAUGGUCACCCACAAACGAAUCCGUUCAAGUAGAUUACAACAAAAGCAACAAAGAAAAACAUUUCGCUGUCUGUAUACCGCUAAAACAUUUAUUCGGAAGCAUGGAGGAUUAUCGUCAAGUUAUUGUAAACAUGCGACAAGAAUUGGUGCUAAUUCGAGCUAGAAGCGAUACCGAUUGUUACAUGGGAACCGCCAACGAUGCAGUAAUAUCGUUAACCAAAAUUCAAUGGAAAGUUCCGCACGUGACAGUUAGCGACAGUGCCAAAAUCGGUCUAUACGAACGGAUUAAUAAGGGUGCAACAAUUACAAUACCUUUUCGACAGUGGGAACUGUACGAAUUACCCGCACUGAAACAGGCACAGUCGGAUAUAUGGCCAAUCAAGACCUCAACUCAAUUAGAAAAACCGCGAUGGGCAAUUGUGGCAUUUCAACGUAGCGGGAAGAAGUUUUCGCAUGAGACAAGAGCGGGCGACUUCGAUAACGUCAAAAUUCGAAACCUAAAAUUGCAUCUCAACUCUGAAAGUUAUCCGUACGAAGCGAUGCAUUUAGAUUUUAAUGCAAAUAAGUACAUAACGGCAUAUCAAAACUAUGUAAACUUUCGACGAGAUUAUUAUGCCAAGGAUGAGCAAGACGCUCUGUUUGACUAUUUGUAUUUUAAAAGUUGUCCAAUCUUUGUGCUAGACUGUUCAAAACAAAACGAAUCUCUGAAGCAUUCAACGGUAGAUGUUAAGCUGGAAAUGGGAGUCGAUGGAGGCCUUCGAGGCGGGAACUGUUGCUUAUUGUCUGAUCCUGCACGAUGCACUAGUUCAAUACAAUCCUUUGACUGGAGAAGUGAAAAAACUAUAAGUUGUAUUUUUUUUAAUGUAUAA